AUGUCGCUCGACUUUUCGAAAGUCGAGAACAAUCCGUUGCCCGUAAUUGCCGAGAAGCACAACCCGAACGUGGUUUUCGUCGUUUACCGCAACAAGAACAAGAACGUGGUCGUGUAUGCCGCGCGGCUACUUGAGGAUGGUACACUGGACCCGGAGAACCCGCUGGACGUGCACUGGAUCAUGUUUGAGCAGGAUGGCGAGCCCCGUGAAGACCUCAAUAUGAUUGAGCGCACAACAGCGUACGGUGCGACCGUCGAGCCGCGUGAGGGUCAUCCAGGUGAGUAUGUGGUGUCGCUCACGUCCCUGAAAGACCGCGUCAUUCACCUGUCCGUUGUGGAUGGCAAGCCCGUGGGUCGAGGCUCGAUCAACGGUCAAGACGGGUGCACGCUUGAGCGCGUAUUUGUGCAGCAGACUUCGUCGUGGGGGAUGCCAAAGGUGCAGCACAUUGAGAUCCACGGCAGGGACGCGUCGGGGAACGCCAUCUCGGAGAAGAAGAUCCCGUAG